CAAUCGACAGAGCCGGAAGGUGUCCAAACUGUAAUGGAGGUAAAAAAGUAAACCUUCGUUGGCGAAUAUAUGAAAAGGAGAAAUCUUAAAGAGACUAUAGAAACGUAGGACUGUGUUGCGAGUCAAGAAAAGAUAAGCAAAUACACUCUUAUUCUGGCGGAUUUACAGAAGAAUUUGGGUGUUGGAAGAUCGUGCCUCCAAAAGUGCAAUGUCCUCAUUUGGGCAGUUGGAGGCGCUGCGGCUUCAAAACAAAGACCUGUUGCAGAAACUGAGGGAGAGAGGGGAGAGACUGAAGGGGCUGAGAUGUAGGGACGCCCAGGUUUCCACAGCAACGGAGAUCACGCAGUCAGGGCCCAAGGUUAAGGCCCCAGCCACAGCCAGGACUGCGAGUGUUCCCAUAGCAACAUUGGAGAACUCAACCGGACCAGAAGGCACAGACAACCUGGUUAGCACAGCAGCAGACUACAGUGGUUACAGUUUGAAGAAGGAAGGUCAUGCUUCCUCAAAGGACGCUCAGACACAGGCCAUGAAACCUACAGUACACACAAGUCCUGCUGUGCCUAUGGUGACCCUCACUGCUGGCCAGCUAGGCCAAGCCCGUGCAGCGCUGUGCAGGCCCAGAGCUCAGAACAGGGAGCUGCUAUAUGGGACAGAUAGGGCUGAUGCUGUCCUUGUUAGAGCUGAAGAAUCCCAAGCCAAGCCCACUGCACACCUUCAAGAAGAGGCAGCUUCCGUGUCCGAUAACUUUUGUAAGACGUCCACCCCGUCCUGUGAGAGGGUCUCCAAGUGGAGACAGGGAACCCACUUGGGACAGAGAUCUCACCUGGAGCCAGUGCUGUAUACCAAACACUUGCUGGAUCAGGGCAAUGACCGCCACAGAGCAGCUCUCAAGCAGGAUGCCAAGAGACCCAAACCCAUUCUACUUACACCACACCAGGAGAGACCCCGGAAGGAAGGCGGUCAUGUGACAUUCCAUUCAGUGGAUGAAGAGCACACUUUGAGCACUGAAGGCUUGUCCAUGCAACCACUGCUGGGUUAUGACUGGAUAGCUGGUCUCCUGGAUGCAGAGAGUUCCCUGACAGAGCGCUCCGAACAGUAUUUUGCUGAACUCAGGACCUUCCGCCAGGUCAACAGGGAUGAUUGUGUUCACAGCCUGUACAUGGAAACAGAAGACACAGAGGUUUCCUCCCCAGCCAGACAAGAGCAGGACCUGGAGUAUGCCCAGGACACGCACCAGUGUGUGCACUGCUACCGAAUCAACAGCCGCCUGUUCCCUGUUGCGCUGGAACCCCAGGCUGCCUGUCCAGUGUGCAAGAAGCCCAGAUCCCAGGGCACGCACACUAUUCCAGAGCCAGCUUUCAUCAGGGUCAGCCUCCCUCGCUCCUCACUGCUCCCAGCAUACCGGUACAAAGCUCAUCGGCGCUGCAGCUUUGACCCCUCUGACAGUCUGGGGCUUCCCUCUCACUGUCUAGCUGGCUGGUCCAGCACGGCGCUUCCUGCAGCUGAAAAGGUGAACGGUCUGGACCUGCGGAGCUCUCUUGACACAGCAGCAUCUGCAGACAACCCUUUAACAAAGCCCCCUGUCAAGGAGUUCUUGAUGUCAAGAGUGACUGGGUGCCAGCGCUCGGACGAGCUGCUCCAUCUGUCCCGCUUGGCCCGUUACCACUUCAUGUGUCUGAAUCAGAACCAGGCCUUCACCCAGAGCAAAGGGCCCAGUCCUUCCUACCCUGUGUUCUGACCUCAUCACACAGACCCACCUCAACUGACCAGGCUGCAUGGCUUCCAUAUCCUCAGAGAUAGGAGAAACGCUGUCAUGCCCCAUCAGGUUUUUAAAAAGUAGUAGAUGUAUGUAAUUAUCAUUCUUUACUCCUGAUAUUAUUCAGUCUCCUCUUGGAAACGGGUGGAUGAUGAAGUCGAAUUUUGUUUAAUUUUCUUAUCUGCCAAGUCCAUCGCUGUGUUUCUAGAGACUACAGUGGCAAGCUGUGCCUGAGUUAUUUUAAUAAUAAACACGGACUGCAAUGAUAACAUUGAGAACGCCAUAGAGAAUUAUUGUAUUAAGAAGAAUAAAUCAGUACUGAAUUUGAACUUUUAAUAUAUUUUGUUAAAUGACUGUAUACUACCUGCCAGUUAUUUAUUGCAGUAGUUAAUGACCGUAUGCUUACUGUAAGCACCUCAGGGCAGGGCAGAACAUUCCAUACAACCAUGCAGUGGGAGUUUGUGGGAGUUUCGGAGUGGCUCAGACAGCAAAGCUGUUUCUUUGAAGGAAAAAUUUAGCUUUAUGAUCCAGACAUAAUGAGUUUGAAUCUGGGGCUUAUGAGCUACUGGUGUGAGGAAAUCCCCAUGCAGUGGCCUGCCAGGCUAGGGUGAGCAUUGUUUGGACAGGUAUCUCUUCCUUUUCUGGCAGGAAAAAAAAUUAAAUAUUUAAAAUCAAUUGUCAUUUAUGAAAUUAGUCAGGCACAACCAUUGCCAGUAUCUACUAGAUUUUAUGCCCCACAAACACACUAUAAAUUCUCUGGUGCUUGCCAGUGAUGUCAGUGCUUUCUGAAAUGUCCUGUUGUUCGUUAUGAGAAGAUGUCCUCAUGGGCAAAUCUGUGUGUGUAUAUCAAACAUUGACCUUAUCUCUUCUUAAGAGGAAUUAUUUAAUUGAGAAUUUAAUAAAGGAUACUGAAGCCUGCGUUCAGAAAGAUUUGAAAUGUGGAUACAUUUUCAGUAUCCAAAGUAGCUGACACUAGUACUGCUACACAUUGAUGAUGAGUCUAUUCAGCAAGAUACUCUUGAUGUAUUUCAAUUAAACCUGAAAUACAUCACAUUUUUAUGUCUUUGUCUAAUGAGUGUAAAGCAUAAAGAAAGUCUAAGAAUAUAAGAACCUUAAAAGGACCUAUUUUUGUUUCGUAUUGGACAUGCUCUUUAUAGGCAGUCUUUAUAACAAUGCAUCAAGAUCUGCAUCAUGUAUAUGCAUGCAUCAUGUCGGCUAUAAAUGAAAAGAAGGUAUUUAUCAAUUCAUUCUGACCAGGAAAGUUAUGGAGUGGUAAUGAGAAUCAUAAAGUUCACAGCGUGCUGUGCUCUCUCUCUUGUGCAUGUUAGUCUUUACAUAACUGCUUUUGAGUUUCUGAUAAAUGAAGUACUGCACCAGCUAAUAUGCAAACUCAUUUGAGCAUUCUUGGUCAUAACGGCAGUGCUGUUUCUUUAACAUGAAGAUAAUCUUUCAGUCUGACGCUCUGAGAAUGACUGGCCUUGCUGUUUCACUAUGAGCAAAGUCAUUUCUGAAGCCGGCCUGUUAUAACCAUUACCAGGAAAUUAGCACUUUGGAUUUGGCCUUGUUUUUAUGUUUCGAUUAGAAAUCCUUUUAGGUCAAGCCACUGAUGCUAUAGCUUCGGAAGCAUUAAAUUAUUAUGCUUGGAACAAUGUACGUUUUCGGGAAACUGUCUUCUGGAGAGUUUUCAAAUGCUUAAGAUAAUCUUUCUUCAGGCAUCCAUGAUAUUUAGUUUGACACCUACACUGUACAGUAGGGAUUCUCCUUAAACAAAUCCAGUCACAUUUGAUUAAGGUAUUGUCUAGUGCUUGAUUAUGGUAUGGUAAAUACUGAUUUGUUUGCUUAAAAUUGAUCAUGGUACUAACAAUCAUACAAAUUUGACAAGUUCCUUCGCUUUAUCACCACCUGAUGUAAAAGUGCUAUCUCAGACCUGAGAACAGACUUCCUGUUCCCUUUUGCACUUUUUAGGCUGUUCACCUUCUAAAUGAUCAGGAAGCAAUCUAGUUAAGCAGCCGCAUAACAUAAAGGAUUAUUUUGGUGCUACUAUAUUGCGGUAUUUACAAAUUAAUUAGUGGUUUGCUUUUUUAUCAGGAAAGGAGCUCCAGUAGUCCAGUAUUAUUUGUAUUUACAGUGCAUUUGUAUUUGCAAAAGUAGAUACUCCCUUAAAAUAAUGUUCCAUUGUGUUGAAUUACAAAUUAUGUAUUUGCAUUAUCUACAGUUGAUUUUUCCAUCAAAACUUAAAUGUUCAAACUGAACACCAUUAUGGGUCAACAGAUAAAUGUCACCAAAAGCUGCAUAGAAAAAUAAAAAACUAAAAUACAGUAUGUGGGUUGCAAAUGCAUUAACCAUAAGUUAAUAUUUGAUGCACGCAUCUUUGGCAGCAAUUACAUCUGCGAGUGUCUAAGUCUCUACCACCUCUAAAUAAUGGGAUAGUAUAGUUUUUGCCUGGUCUUCUUUGCGAACAUGCUUAGGUUCUGUUAAGUUGGUUAGGUAUCAUUAACGGACAGCAAUUUUCCAGAUUGCCACAGGUGUAUCCUAUUCAAGUCAGGCAUUAACUAGGCUACUUGAGAACAUUCACUUACUUCUUGUUCAGCUACUCCAGUGUAGAUUUGACUUUGUACUUUGAGUCAAUGGCUUUCUAAAAGUUGAAUUGCCACUAGACUCUUAGAUCUUUAGCAGACUGAAGCAGCCUCCAAGAUUGGAUUGUGUUUUACUCCAGCCUCAUAACAUAAUGCUGACACCACAUAUCCACAUAUUUUCGAUUUUAAUUUUUCUUUGCAGUUUUUGUAGACAUUUAAAUUAUUUCACAUAUAAAUGUCUUCUAGCACUUCAAGUCUGAUUGAAAAUAUCAAUUUAAAAAAUUGUAAUUGCAGCUUACAUUUCUGUUCUGUAAAGAAUGUCCACAAAGUCCAAAUACUUGUGCACAAGUAAAUUUUAUAUUUAACUCCUAAAUUGUACCAUAUGCAUAAAGCAUUGUAGUUUUUGAAUGACCGACACAGGCGAACACCCACCGAUCAAUCAUAGCUCAGAGCACUGGACUAUUGCUCCUCUCUCAAUUGUGUACGUGGUAUGUUUUGUAUUGUCAGAAUGGCCAUCUGAACUUUGAAACACUGACAUCCAAUGCAAAAUCGUAGACAGAAUGAUAGAAUAAUGGAUAUUGGAACUGAGGAAUUCAGUACUUGUCAUAUGAUCAUAUAAGGAGAGGCUUGCACCUUAGGCAGUGACUAAGCAUAUUACAUGCAAAUAAUAAAGACGUUUUUGGAAAAUGUGGUCUUAAUAUUUUCCAAUGAGCUCUGAACACCUACCUGUCUGUUACUGUGCCUGAGUAUUAUAUAGACUUUAUGGGUGUACAGGGUGAUGUCAAAGUCUCAGAAGGCUGACCUCAUCAAUCCCAAAAGAGCGCAUAAUGAUUACAUCAUACCAGUAGGACUUGUGCCUCCCAAAAUCUGUUAAACCUUUUAGUAUUCAACUGUAAAUCUGAAUCUUUUGGAAAAAGGGCAUAAAGUGACUGGAGGUUACAAAAACUACUGACAAAAUAAGACUUUAUUUUUCUUGCAAGACAAUUGCCGGGAAAGUCCAAGGCAUAUACAUCACUGUAUCUCUGAUGUUUCAAUUCUGUGUUUUCUGUUUGUGUGUUUUGAUUCGAACUUGUUUUUGUCUCUGCUAGGUUUCUGUGACACCUUAAGUAAUUUGUCUGCCAAAUAUAAAAAAGAGUGUUUCUAUUAGAAUGACUGAAACAAUUGUUUUUUUUUUUAAAAACAGCUUUUGUUUUCGGGGUUGGGGAGCAGAUUUUUCUGUAUUUAUUUAAUCAGUUUUGAUCUGAACAGCUCUGUAGCUGCAUUUGAAACAUAACUCUCCAUUCCCUGAAGCUGUGUAUUUACAUGGCUUUCUACUUACUCAGGAUAUGACAUUCACUCAGCAGUCGGCCCCUUGAUCGACUUACUCCAUAUAAUGCACAUUUUUUGAUGCAAUAUUUACACCACUAUAAUUAGUUGUUCCACACAAAAUGUUUGGGCAUGUACAAUUGUAGCGCUGGGCUGACGUGUUUGUAACAUCCUUGCCCUGUGGUUUAAGUGAGGAACGUGGCUCUGCUCCACGCCAUCUAGGAUGUCUGACAAGAUAAAAGCUGUGAUGCCAUUACUACUGUGAUGGAGAGCCACAUAAAGGGUUUAUGCAAUGAAGGAUAGUGGUAAUUUAACAUCUUGCUCUAUCAAGCAGAAAAGUAUGUAAUAGUGGCUGAUAAAAUGGGCCUUUGUGUAGCAAGUAAUUUUAUGUACAUUACUUGUGUAUUUUUGUUUUUUUUUAAAGAGAUAUGCAUUAACAUUUAACAUGUUUUAGAUGCAUAUAAUAUAUUGACAGAUGCUCAUUGAGAUACAGGGCUAUUCAGUGGUCUUAUCAUAAGAAUCGUAAUCUUUCAUUUGCUUCUUGUGGCCUGAAUUGUGCAUGCUGUUGGUAGUAUUUUUUUGUCCCUUCAGCAUUGCACCAGAGUCUUGCUUCCCAUGAGCUGGCUUAUAUCAGAGGUGUAUUUUGUUAUAGGAGAGCCAACUGAGGAAAGGGUCUGUAACUGCAUUACAAGGAGUCUUGGGAUACGUGACCACAUGCUAGAUCAUUUGAAUAGGAUGGGUCACACCUACUGAACAUGAUCUUUAACAGGCUCACAAGGAGUAUGUGAGCAAUUAUAGUCACAGUCAUCAGACUGGCAGUGGAUGAAUUAAUUGGUUUAUUUUAAGUUCAGAAGUACAGUAGCCCUCAAUGAUAUCAACUGCUCCAUUAUAGCACAGCAAAUGCCAUGUGAUCCAUUCAUAUCCAGUUCAUAUACUAGAGUCAUUGCUGACCUGUUGAAAGGACUGGUAAAGUAGAUUCAUCAGAAGCCAUUGCUCAUUACAAGAUAAAGAAAAAAAUUAUCCACACAAAAACCAUAUAGAUACAUUUACAUGGAAGGUUGGAAAUGAAUAUGAGAAAAUGUUACUUAUUUUGUCCACAUUGUUAAAUUUCCUUCGUAUCUAAUUUAUCUUUUAACUGAGUGCAGUACCCUGAACUGCGUAACAGAGUGUUCAGUUUUACUCAGAAGACAUGCUAACAGAGAAGAUACUGUACAAGGCCAGAGCAAGAUGCUUAGUUGUCAUUAACCUUUUUGUCUCAGAUUUAUCAGCUGUUUUAUUUUGUAUCAACUGUUUGUACAUUUGAGACCUAAUCGAUGCUCAUUCUGAUGUUUCAUAUACGUCUAAGCUAUAUUCACUAUGCACCAAGAUCUGGUUCGUAGUACUGCAAAUUCCCUUACCUGUCCCUUUUUAUCUAAUACAUAGAUAUAGAGUAGUAGCCUCAUAUACUUAAAAUUUGUUUAGGGUUAUUUACACCAGUAUCCAAAUACAGAGCUGAAGUGACUGGGCAUCUGAUGGUUAUCUCAAAUCUCGAGUAUUAAAGAGAGCCUCAUGAGAUCACUCUAUAACUGGAUGCAGCUUUAUGGAGUUGGAAGGAAGAGGUCUACAAAGCCACAAUAAUGAUUUGGUGUCUUGCUUAGUACAGGUAACUGAUAUGAAUUCACUGCUUGCAGGCAUGCGGCAUGUAUCCUGUAGCUGAGUGAGGGUGUGCAGUUUAGUUGUCCUCAGCUCUUAGCAUGAUGAGACUGAUCAACCCCAAUCAGGUUUUCCACUUUGUGUUUUCUGUUUUAUCACUUUGUGUGUACUUUUUAAUUUGACAUCAUCAUCAUUAAUCUGGAUUGAGAGGAUUUGAGAGUUUCAUGGGUUAGAUGACUUAAUGCUAUGAGUGACUGAGGCAAAGAUUUUAAUUUUUUUUGUUACGUUGGUAGAAGCCUUUUUUAAUGCAACUUCAUUAAAAAGCAAAGAAUUUGGAAUGUACCCACAUAUUCUUUCACAAAGACCACAGCUUCUCUUGAACAGUGACAUGAUCUAAUUUGUCAUUUCUGGUAGUGAAUUAACCAACUCGUCCAAUGUGGUUUCUCUUUCUGACGUCAUUUUCUUGCUAUUCUUUUUGUAGAAUAAGUGUUUGAAGUGGGGAAAUGCAGAAAACCCACCUUUGAUUUUUUUAAGGCUCUAUUUGGUGUGAAUAUGACAUCGCAGAAAAGGAGUGUUAAUUUUCUUUCACAUGUAUACAUUCUGAAUUGCUGAUUGUUUGCCCCAGCUUGCAAGAUUGUGGAAUACCUGAAUGGUGUCUAAUAUUAAAUGGUGUUUAAUAUGUCUUAUACCUCCAGCCAUCCACCCCAAAACUUACUCAUGUUUUGCCAAAUAGGCAUCAUCAACAGGUCUUUGCACUUUCUUGAACAAUAAUCAUGUUAGUGGGUGCGGUGCAUUUAGGAUUUAGAAUGGACCACAUUAGGAGUGGUGAGUAUCAGGAUGUAAUUGCCUACCCAUAUCUAUCAGGAAAUGACGGACCCUGAUUGUAAUUAAUCACCUACUUGCAUGGUGGAUCAAAUGGCCUCCUGUUGUUUCUAUUCAUUUUUGUGCUCUUAUCUAAGCAACCAACUGAAAGUGCCAUGGACUAUAUCAGCACACUAGAUUUAUGUCACUAAUUCUUGAACAAGGGAUGAUAUAUUAAUAUUCAUAUUUGCUAAAAGUCCCAGAAAGGACCCAGUACUGAUGGGUCUCCUCGAUGAUCCAGAGGAUGGCUGUGUGCUAAAAGAAGCAACAGCUGUGCAUGCAUGGAGCUCAGCUCACAGCUCUUUUAUGAAAAGUCCAGAACUCAAUGCUUGCACAUAGCAAUGACAACUGCUAUUUUGUAGCCAUUAUUGCAGUGCUAGGUUGUACAUGAAUGUGUUGUACAUGAAUGAGCUCACAAUAAAGGUUGUUUGCAAUAGUAAAUGGUUUAUGGGCAAGUGCAACUAGUGGAUUAUGUGUAGAAACAAUGGGAUAAUGUGUAAUUACAGAAUAUGAGCUCGGUGUCAUUGUGGGGAGAGUACAUCUACAGCAUUCUUGUGUAGUUGUAUGGGUUCCUGUAGGAGUGGUGUGAAAACAGUAUGUGUGGGUAGAUGUCUGGUAUAUAAUGUUUAUGUACUGUAUACUGGUUGUAUGUUUUGAUAGUUUCUGAGUAUGCAAAGCAUUGCUGCUUUGAUGUAAUACAUAUUUCUGAGAAAUCUGACGCCGUAGAAUUAUUGUAUUGUUUUAUGAAGAUGUGCCUGAAAAGAGUAAUAUUCUCACUGAUUGUGAAAAAUGUAAAUAGGGAAUUCCACUCUGGAAUGUACCACGAAAGUAGCUUGUCUAGCUUCCUAGCUUGAACACAUUGGGUACAGUAUUCAAACCAUUGUCACUUCUUAUGUAGAAACGGUGGGGAUUCAAAUAUGUAAAAGUUUUGAAUUUAGGGCCCAUUAAAUAGCAAAAAGAGCAGUACAGAAUGGAUUGUCAAGCCAAAAAACAACUUCAGUGGGUUUUCAGAGAUGUCCAGAGAUGUAUUUUGCACAUACAACACAUAUUGGCAUGAUCAGUUUAAUUCCGUCCCAGUUCAGGACCAGUGAUAAAUGCACGGUGAUGAAUGAUUCUUCAUUGUCUUAUCACAUUAACCAAAGACCGCCAACAGUGUCCCGACCACCAACCAAGUUUAUUUGUGACAUCCUUUAAAGGUAUGGCCAAGGAAGUCUUUCUUCUCCUCACAUGGCGCACUGGUAAGUAUUAAAAUAAUUAAUUAUAAUUAAAGCUGGGACACAGCAGCUUAAAUUAAUUGGUAUUGCUUGAACAGUGAAGGCAAGUCAUGUAAAUGGCCAUUCACAAAUUUCAUCAAUUUUAAAUGAAAAAAACUCAUGUUUUACAAGGUCUGUAAGCACUUUAUAAUGAAUAAGGUUCUGCUAGGUUCUACUGUAGUAUACCCUAUAUACACCUGCUAUAAAGAUUAUGGGUCAGCACGUGAAUAAAUCUGAUUUCUCACUUAUCUGCUUCCCAGACCCCCUCCCUCCCACCUGCAUCUUCCUCUCUUUCAAGAUAUAAAUCAGCCUGUGAAGUUUUCAUCACACUCACGUUUCGUAUUCAUGACUCAAACUCCUUUGUAUCCUUGGACUGUCUGUGCCAAUAACAACUUAUCAGGCUGGUUAAUAUACUGAGCGGCAUCACCAGUGCGCCGAGUGAAUAUGAGAACCCACAGCUCUCUGUUUUUAAUGCCUCCUGGUAUGCUUUGGAUGGCUGCUCUUCACCUCCAGCCAGGCAAUACCAAGCCUGCACAUGUGUGAUGCAGUAUCACUGAACCAGGCAGUGGGAUUGCAUCUGUGGCAUAAAAACGCACAACAGGGUCCUGGGAAAUAGUUUUACUGGAAAGAUUUUCCAGUGAUCGAUCACAGCUAACCUACAAUUGCUACAAGAAGGUUGUCGGGUGAAUGAAUGCUGAAUAGCAGAGAGCUUAUGACAAGUGCCUGUAUCUGUCUGUACACACUGUUAAAUAUGCACCGUCAAUGCAAAUCAAAUUCAGAGAACUGAGAGAUCCCCUUAGCAAGCAUGACGUUCCUCAAUUUCACCCCAUAAUUGAAAAGUGCAAGGGCUGUCCUGUGUAACAAUAAAUCUCUAGUAAAUCUCUUUUUUACUGAAA